AUGAUCCCGCUUCUCUUGCUGAUCAGCACUAAACCCCAUAAUAUCUCUCCCGUGGGUCUUGUGGAUCUCUCCUCUUCCCGUUCUCUCCUCCGCUCCCUUUCUUGGCCAUCUCUUUAUCUGUUCAUUCAAGGCAACACCAGUGCAAAGUCUCAAUGUCAACUCAACCUCUACAGCCGAGUCUUUCACCAGCCCUUCAUCUUCAUCACUCCUAACCACACCUCAAAACUGUUCACCCUCCCUAGCUCACUCGCCUUCAAGUAUGGAAACUCAAAACUCACUCACCCUCCCAAAACAGCCACCCACACAAGCAACUUUCAUCACUUCAUCCCGCAUGUUCUCAUCUCCAUCUCAAUCAAAGUGAGCCCUGACUUUUCAUCCAAACUUCAUUCUCUAUUCAUUCUAUCUCUUUUAAAAACGCUACCUUAUCGUCAUUAA